AUGCCGGGCGGCGCGCUCUCGGGCUCGGCAGCGUCAGCACGCUGCGCGGCGCGGUGGCUCUCUGAGGCUUUGCUUGCUACAAAUUCAUUGCACGGGCAUGGGGCUCCACGUCAGGAUCUUCAAGUUUCGCGCGCCCAGCUCGCUGGCAUCGACCGCGUCCGCGAGAUCAUCCGAGAGGCGGGGCCCCCGCCAUUUUCAGGGACGGCAGCUCACGCCGAGCCGUGCUCUCACUUGCCGGGUUACGCAGAAGACACCGCGCGCCGAGCCUCCUACUCCGAGGGGCUGGUCUCCCUGCCGACCAUGGGCGGCCAGUGCGUUGGCGCCGACUGCCUUACUGGUCGUGCUCUUGAGCUGUGGGUAGGAUGGCAGAAGCAUCUUCUUCGCGAAGAAGGGCCGCCUGACGGACCUCGACUUCGACCUUUCUCCGAUCCGAAAUUAGUGCAUGGCAAGAAGACGCACGCCCGUUUCAUUGGGGAGCUGCUCGUCAGGGGCCUGAUCGACCUCGGCGAGCGGACCGAGCCUACGGUGGGCAUCUUCUUUGUGUGCAUGAGCGACAAGCGAUCCCUCCGCAUGAUUGCGGACACGCGGGUGGCGAACAUGCGGUUCCGCCCCCCCGCGCACUCGGAGCCCCCGACUGCGGGGGCUUGGAGCAGCCUGGCCGUGCCCGAGGGGAAGUCCCUCCACUUGGCCCAGAUGGACGUGGACAACGCGUUCUACAGGAUCGCCACACCGCCUGGGCUCCGCGAUCACUUCGUGCCCCUCGCGGUCGACCUCGACGUGCUGCGGGCCGAGCGGCCUGACUUGUCCGCCCAGCUUCUACCGGGGCGAAAGGCGUCGCCCCGAUUGGCCGUCCUAGCCAUGGGCUGGAACUGGAGCCCCCUCUUCUGCCAGCAGAGUGCGGAGACGCAGGUCCUCCGCAGCGGGCUGGCGUGGGAGAGGCUGGCGCUCUACGUUGACGGGGCCGCCGUCAUCGGCCUGGACUACACGGAGACCAUGGCGACGGCGCAGCGGGCACGUGAGUCACUGGGGGCCGUCGGCCUGAGGUGCAAGGUGCUCGAGGGGCCGUGCGCGGAGGCGACCUUCACGGGCCUGGUGUUCGACGAGGCGAGGGGCCGCGCCGAGCUCCGCAUCGCCGCUGCGCUCGUGGUGUUCAGCUACGUGGACUGCCGCCGCCAGGCCGACCCCGUGGCGUUGGCGACCGACGCCUGCGGGGCGACGGACGCCGACGCAGGAGGGUUCGGCGCGGCAGAGCGGUGGCGCUACCGCGUAUCAGAGGCGGCGGCAGCUCGGGCGCACGCCCUCGGGCUUUCGGAGCGCCCGCACGUUCCCGACAGCUUGCCGCCGCCUUCGGGAGCCGACAAAAAUCAGAGUCCAUGUAGUCAGGGGUCUUGCAUCUUGGCCAAGUCUACACCUCUUGCGAGGCCCCCGCACCCAGUCUCGGACUUUGAGCGGACGUUCGGGGACAUGUACUCUGGGACCGUCUCGUUCGAGCAGAUCACCUCGGAGCACGUCGGCCCCCUCGAGUCGUGGCUGCUUCGGGUCAAGGGCAGGUUCAGCAGAGCCGAGAACAUCAUUCGUCUUGAAGGGCACGGGGUCGUGAUCGGCAUUCGUCAUCAUCUUCGGGCUGCCUCUCGUCGUGGGCGCAAGCUGCUCGCGCUGUGCGACAACUUGGGCCUCGUGCUGGCCCUGGGGAAGGGCUGGGCGGCCGGCCCCCGUGUGAACAAGACAUGCCGCGAGGCCGCCGCGCUAAGCAUCUUCGGGGACAUGUCGGUGACCGUUCGGUGGAUCCCCUCGGAGCUCAACCUGGCGGAUCGACCCUCUCGCAUGGCUGGCGCCCUGGCUCGAGACCCGCGCGCGGACCCGCGCAGUGCCUGCUUCGACCCCGCGGCGGCGCCGUUGGCCGAUGCGCCUGCUGCGCUGGCCGCGGCAGUGGACGAGGCGCUCCUGGGCGGCGAGCUCGACGGGCUGGGGCGACCGCGGGUGGGCUUGGCGGGCCUGGGAGACGCUCUCCUGGACGACCCGCUGCCCGGCGGCGCGGCGCGCCUGCGCGCUGAAGCGGCAGCCGGCUGCGACGCGUGGGGCGGGCAGUCUAGCGCCCGCCGACUACCCCCGGCGGGCCGGCGCCUGACACGUGUGCCCUUGCCGGCGUUGGGCGGGCAGCUGACGGCGCCGCAGGCGAGGGUGGCCGAGCGGAUCGGCCGCCGGGCUACCCUCCGCCGCGCUACCGCGGCGCUCGCGGCGCCGGCCAGGUCGCCCGGCAGCGACCUCGCGCUGAGCUUCUUGGAGAGCAGGCGUGUGACGGACAAGAGCCGCGACACGCUGGGCCGCGAGGAGGGGGCGUUCAGGGCGUGGUGCCUGGAGCAGCGGAAGGACGUGAGCUCGAGGGCUGCGCUCGACGAGACGCUCGUGGAGUACCUGGACUGCCUGUACUUCGACGGCUACAACCACGAGAGGGGCGACAAGCUGCUGUCGGGCCUGGCGUUCAAGGGGCCAAAGUUCAGGCGCGGCGGCGAGCUGGACCUUGCGCGGGCCCGCGCUGCCCUCCAGGGCUUCCGCCGCCUGGCGCCUGGGCAGGCCAGGAUGCCGCUGCCGCGGCCGGAGUUUGCGGUCGUCGCGAUGGGCUUGGACUUCGGGAUCAGCCUGGCGAUCGCGUGGGACGGAGGACUGCGGCUGCCGAGCGACAUCAUGAGCCUGCAGGGCCGACGGCCCGGCCGGAGCAAGGCGGGGCACAAGGGCGAGGGGCUGUUGCUCGACGGGGUCUUCACGAGGGGCAUCGAGCCCCAGCUCUGGCGGCUCAAAAGGGCAGCCGGGGACAGCGGCAGCUUGUGGACGUUCACGGCUGCAGAGUUCAGGGCGGGCUUCAAGCGGGCGGCCGCCAUGAUCGGUCGGCCGCCCUUGCGCCCGUGCCAGGUGAGGCACGGAGCUGCGAGCGACGACGCGCUGUACCAGAGGCGGUCCCUCGCCGAGAUCCAGGAGCGCUUGCGGCAUGCAUGCCCAAAGAGCACGCUAAGGUACAAGAAGCACACUCGGUACCUCGCGGAGCUCGGAAAGGCGCCCCCACGAGUGAGAGCGUACGGGGAGGCAGUGGAGGCACAGGCCGCGGCGCUCCUGAACGGACGCGUGGCGCUGCUGCCGCCGCGCGACCUGGCCGCAACGGGGCCGCUGACCGCAGCUGCGAUCCGAGCGGGUCUGAGCGAGUCGUUACUCAAGGAGCUGGGCGAUCAGGCCUCGUGUUAUCUAGAUAUUUUCUCAGGGCUUGUGUCGAGGUUAUUUGACGCUGUCAAGUCUGGGGCACGCAUUAACGAUUGCGUGCUGAUCGCUGCCGAUUUGGAUGCCGAGUUGGGCUCGCGAGAGUGCGUUGCCAAGGAAAGCCUCCUGAGCAAUUUCACCAGGGUGGCGCAGGACAUGAACGUCACCGACGGCUUGUCAGAAAUGUCUCAGUUGGUAGGUCGGGCGGCUCGGACUGCCAUGGUGGCCGGCUAUAGGCGAGCGGGCCCCGAGGUGCCUGCCGAAGGCGCCCUGUGCAUCGCCAGCUCCCCUGGGCCUCGUGGAGGCGACGGCUGCAGCGGGGACGAUUCUGGCGGGCAUCGCAUCUUCGUCUCGGCGCUCCCGGAGGAGUGCACCAACGAGGAGCUGGAGCACCUGGCGACGCAGCUGGACCUGCGCCAGCCCCUGGAGCUGUGCAGGAUACUUGACUGUUGGACCAUUGAGGGCAAAGGCUGCGGCUACCUGCGCUUCGCCUCGAGAGAGGCGGCCCAGGUCGCGAUCGAGGAGCUUUCGGGCCGGAAGGUGACGGGCUGGAAGAAAGCCCUCAACGCGACUUGGGCCAGACCGCCCCCAAGAGGACGCGACCGCCACAGGGCGGGGGACGUCGAGAGGCCUGCCGCGGACCCGAAUCAGCGCGUGAGCCUCUUCGUGGGCCAGCUGAAGCGCCUGGAGCGGUGCAGCGAGAAGGAGAAGGCCGACUUCGAGGUGGCCAAGUCUCUCGACCCGUCCGAGAUCAUCACGCAGGCCGCGGCCCUGCAGAAGACGAAGGUCCACAGGAACCCGUCGUCGCUGGACGUCAUGCGAGAUGAGCUGGAGCGUCGAGAGUGGCCGCCUGCAUACACGGAGAACCCCAUAUGUGCAUCUGCCAGGGAUGACGAGCUCGUGAUACCGCUGGGAUUAUUCGUUGACGCUGCAAGAUACGGCGGCACCUCAGGGUGA